AUUUAUUUAUUUUUUGAGAUAUAGUUUUACUCUGUUGCCCAACCUGGAGAGCUGAAGCAUCAUGACGGUAGAGUGCGUGGAUACAAGCAUACAAUUCGGUUUUAUGGUCUGAAAAGCAUGUUAGUCCUUUCGUGAAGUUCUCUGAAGUUGAGUGGUCUUUGCUGGUGGAAUGAAUUCCAUGACAUUGGAGAAGUUCAGACUGUUAGGACAUAGGUUAUACAGAGGACCCACACCACAUUGGAAAUAGGAAGGAGUCUGCAUCACAGGGCCCGGGCCUGAAGUUCCUGCAGAGCUACCUCCCCAGGGAGCCACUGACAUCCACAUUCACCUAAUUCCAGACCUGAAGAUGUGCUGCUCCAUACGGGCCCCUGUUAUGCACCUGAAACUGUAUUGGAGACACCAGAAGAGAGAGCGCCCUCUGGAGGUCAACAGGAGAACACUGAGGCUGCCUAUGAGCCACCAAAAGGCUUUAAGUGAUGAGAAAUGGAAAGCAAGCCUCAUGAAACCACUUGUCUCUCUUGGUAAAGCACCAUCUCAGAAGCCUCUUGGGAUCCUUUCUCCAGAUGUUCUGUGCAGUAUGAGUGGGAAGAAUCCUGUAGAAAGUAGCCUGAACAUUAAGACCAGAAAGAAUGUGCCAUCUACAACCAUCCACCAGGGUGAAGAAGGAGCACUUGAUAUCUGGGCUGUUGUGAAACCUGGAAAUACCAAGGAGAAAAUUGCAUUCUUUGCAGCCCACCAGUGUAAUACUAGGACAGGAUCUAUGAAAAUAAAAAGCUCCUGGGAUAUUGAUGGGAGAGCUACUAAAAGAAGGAAAAAAUCAGGGGAUCUUAUAAAAGCCAAGCUACAGCUAGAAAGCAUGCGAGAAGUCAGCAGCAGGUGCCACCAGCCUGAGCCUUUUGCGUGUGGCAUUAAGCACUGUUCUGUGCAUUACGUGAGUGACAGUGGGGAUGGCGUCUACACUGGGAGGCCUCUGUCAGUUAUACAGAUGGUCGCCUUCCUUGAGCAAAGAGCUAGUGCUCUCUUAGCUAGUUGUGCGAAAAACUGCACAAACUCCCCUGCUGUUGUGAGGUUUCCUGGCCAAUCCAGAGGAGCACCCCCAGCCUCUGAGCAUUUCUCUGCCCCAGGAGCAUGUGAACCCAUAGAAAGGGGAAACCCUGAAGUUGGUGAACCACAGAGUGAGCCAGUCCGUGUCCUAGACAUAGUAGCCAGGCUGGAGUCUGAGUGCCUAAGGCAACAGAGCCAGCAUGAACUUGGGAGCCUCUCGAGGAAUAACAGCUUCCAUCGGAGUGCUGGCGGGGUGUUGCUUUCAAAUAGCACCCAAGCUGAUGAAGGAAAAACAGGAAAAGGUGCCGUGGAGGCACCUGCCACUCAGGUGGACCCCACAGGGUCUGCAUCUGUAGCCUGUGUCCCCUCAGGAGCUGGCCAUUCUCCCAACGGGGACAAGACCUGGGAUGGUACUUCUCAGGGCCAUCUCUCGUUGCGGGCAGGUGUGAGUUUCCACAUGGAUGAUACAGAAUUAGAGCCCAGUCUGCAAAUUACCAUGAAAAAUAGCAACAGGACUGAUGUGGAAAUGACAGAUGAACUUGUUAGGUUACCUUUUCCUUCUCACGUCUGUCCCCAAGCCGCGGAAUUGCCCACAGAUGCUGUUGACUGUAUGAACAGAGCGCUUGUGCCACUAACCAGCCCAAGUCUUGAUCAGAGAAGAAAAGUCUCUCUGUGCGUUGGUAUCCCCAUGUCCAAGGUGGAGAAAGACCAGCCUUCUAGUUUAGACGCCUGUGAAGACCCACUUCCAGGAAUGUUGUUUUUUUUGCCACCUGGUCAGCACUCAGACUGUUCCCAGUUGAGUGAAAGUACAAGGAAAGUGGCUUCAGAGUCCAGCCAGCUUGCUGUGAGUGACAGCACAUCUGAGCCACUUGUGCCACCACCCUCCUCUGUGGAAAGUGCCUCACCAGUACUUGAGGCAUCCAGUUGGAAAAAGCAGGUGUCUCAUGAUUUUCUGGAGACCAGGUUUAAAAUCCAGCAGCUUCUGGAGCCUCAGCAGUACAUGGUUUUUCUGCCCCACCACAUUAUGGUAAAAAUCUUCAGGUUGCUUCCCACUAAGAGUUUAGUGGCUCUUAAAUGUACCUGCUACUAUUUCAAGUUUAUUAUUGAACACUACAAUAUUAGGCCAUCAGAUUCUCGCUGGGUUCGAGAUCCACGCUAUCGAGAGGAUCCUUGCAAACAAUGCAAGAAAAAGUAUGUGAGAGGGGAUGUGUCCCUAUGCCGGUGGCACCCCAAGCCCUAUUGCCAGGCAUUUCCCUAUGGGCCAGGGUACUGGAUGUGCUGCCAUCGCUCUCAGAAAGCCUUCCCUGGCUGUCAGCUGGGACUUCACGACAAUCGCUGGGUUCCUGCCUGCCACAGCUUUAACCGGGAAAUCCACAAGAAAUCAAAAGGGACUGAAACUGAAGAGGAAUAAUAUCCACGUGAGGCAACAAAAGGACCUAUUUUUAAAAACCACGAAACACUGUUCAAGCGAGCAUUGCCUCUCUAAAUUUAGUUACCACUGCAGGAGAAUCUGUAACUAUCAGCACCGCCAUUGCUCAGGCAUCUUUAAAACUCUUAAUUUAUGAGCUAUACAGGAAAAUUGGUCUCAUUUUUUCUAAUGGCAUCUCUCAUUUGAUCCAUAGUAGUGUCUCUGCUGUUUUCCUGAGUCAGAUCCCUCCCCAAAGGAUGAAGGUGUGCCACCAUCAAGGACAUUUAGAAGAGCUCACUGCAGACUGCAGGCAGUCCUCAAGGAAAGGUUCUGGCAGUGUUUUGAGCACUGGGGCACCGUAUCUGAAAUAAGUGAAUAGUGUCCCAUGAAAAGAAUAGCAGGACUCUCAGAUGAAAGGUAUUCUUAAAAAGGAAAAGUCGGGCAUGUCACUUUAGGCCUUGUAUGUGUGACCCUGUGAGACAGAUGUUUGUGGUUGGGGUGGAUUCACAGGGUUGUGAAGUGCAUAUUAAACCUAAGCACCUUCACCUUUAAAUGCCUGCUGCAGGCCCUCUCUCUGUAAAUAUGAUUAAAAUACAGUUGUGUAUGAGGGACGCUGACUGAGCAGCACUGUCACAGGGCAGCUAGGAGAGUGCUGUGGCUAUCACGAGUGUUUUUUGAUCGUCUAGUUUCAAAGUUGUACAUUCUGUAUGUUUCCUAAAUAAACUGAAUGUUUCCUGUAUAAUAUAUGAAUGUUUCUGAGAAGAAACUCUAUAAAUAGUUAAAAGGCUAACCUGUUCAAAGGAUACCAAAUAAUGGCUUAACUGGACAACCUGAAAAUUAACAUAGAGAACAACCUUUUCUUAUAUUUUAGUGAUCCACCAAGAUUGAGAGAAUAUUAUAUAGUCAGAUUAUAACAUUCUUGUCUACUUUAUCCUUUCUGUUAGUUUUUUAAAAUCUCAAUAAAAACAUACAUCUUAA